GCUUGAAGAGACUGGCGCGUCGGAAUCUGGAGGGCUUGGAUCUCGGGUAGGUUGCGCCGAAUCGAACGCGACUUUACGACUCCAGAAGCUCAUUCUUUAGCAUCUUUUCCGUUCCCUGGGCCACCCUCACUGGCUCCCUCGAUACCGUUGCAGAUGCCCACUCUUCCCUCGCAACCAAGAUCGAGGUGGAUGUCGAGCGACCGUUGCGCGAGUUCGCUUCGACGAGUCGAGACAUGAGCAAUGUGACGAGCGCGCAAGGUAACCUAGCAGCACUGGCGAAGGAUGUAGACAAGGCUCAGCAAAAGACCGACAAGCUGCAUGGGAGGGGCGAUAGGGCGGAAGCGGGAAGAGUGGCCAACGCGACGACCGAUCUCGACUCGGCUCAAUCGUCCUGGGAUUCGCAGGCGCCUUACAUCUUCGAAAGCCUGCAGACAUUGGACGAGACGAGGGUGGGCCUGCUUCGAGAUGCAUUUACUCAAUACCAGACACACGAGAUGGAUCAACUGGAAAAGAGUCGCGUCGCCGGCGAGCAGUGUCUCAACGUGCUCCUCAACGUGGAGACCGCGGACGAAAUCAAGACGUUUGCCCUUAAAGCAGUCCAGUCACAACCUCCCCAAGCGAGAGCCGCUCCCCGGAGUAGCGCCCCCUACGCCACCCCAACUCGAACUAGCAGCGCAGCCAACGCUCUGGCGCCAACGACUUCUCGCUCAGAGGAAGACCUACCACGAGAGCGGCAAGACUCGACGGACGUGAAGCAAAAGAAAGGUUUCUCCAAGGGUUUGAGGAGAUUGGGCACGGUAGUUUCCCGCAGAAGGGAGAGUAAAAUGCCCUCGAAUCUUUCCUCUACCCCCGAGACGUCCGAAAGUCGACCUUCUGCAUGGGCCGGGCUGGGAGGCAGCAGGCUCGGCAGGUCAAGCGGAAACACGCCGACAUUGUCAUCGCUGCAGGAAGGGUCGCCGCAGCAGCGCCCUGGCAUGCCCGCACAGCUGGGCAGUGAGAUCUUCAACUCUCCCUCCGAAGUCAGAGCAGACCGGGCCACUCCUCCUACUAGCGCGCGAGACAUUGGAUCCUUGCCGCAAAUCAAUGGCGAUCCAUUCCGAGUUUCAACCAUCAUGGGCGCAUCGAGCAAUUUCCCGAACGGAAGCCAUCAGAACGACUUGACCGAUCUGGAUCCGCCGAAGCCGGUUCACGCGCAGAGGAACGAGUCGCUGAGGGCUCUGGAGGGGCAGACGGAUAGCGAAGGCUACUCCGUCCCGCCGUCGAAUCUUGAUCCAAUCUCCCAAGCGCAGCAAGAAGCUGCCUUUGCUGAUGAGGGCGCUCCUCCUGCGUUGAAUUUGAAUAUCCGCGACGCGCCGCUUCCUGAGAGCUCUGCUGGUGGUGCAGACUUUACGAGCGCGGCUCAAAGACUGCAAGCGCCGCCUCCCUCGACGAAGCGGACCAGCACCAUCCGAGGCCGCCGGACAGACCGUAGCAGCACCAUCCCUAACAGUGCCGUUGUUCCAGAGGAGCAGUUCACUCCCGAAGCCAUCCCCCAGUUUUCGCAGUCUGCGAGCCGCGAGAUCUCAAACUCGCCGAUCACGUCGCCUACGGCUCAAACCACUCUGCCGACAAAUGUCGCCGAUUCUGGUCUCUCCUUGUCUCCAGCCACAACCCUGACCGGCGGUGUAGCAGCCGCGUCUGCUGCUGCAUUCUCAUCGUUCACUCCAACCGCCGAAUCGAGUAAUCCCUUGUCCCCCGUCUCGCGGUCUGGGACUGGCCUUGAUCAGCUUCGCGGGGACAAUCGAUCCAUUCGAUCUGCCGCUACGUCGGGCAGCUUGGCCCUCCUGAAACACCCCGAGUUGACGGAACCAGGACUCAACUCAUCCAUCGUCGAGACCGUUGGCGCCCGCUUCGAAAACGGCCAGCUCAUCAGCUCCUCGCUCAUCGGCGAAAUCGCACUCGCAUACAACGCCACCGACUCGUCAGCCCCUCCCAGCACCGAAACCAUCCGCCUCGACAACUUCUCCAGCCUGGAAAAAGUGGCGCCAAACCCCGCCUUCGUGGCCGCAACACCCGACCGCAGCGGCGAAUACACCGUCGACCUCUCCAGUCUCCCGAGGACGCAAGUAGCCUUCAAAUACCAAAUCCGCGUCGACGCCGACACCGCGCCCGCGCCGCUGCUCAUCAAACCCGCCCUCCGCGUCGAAGCAACGCAAUGCUCCGUCAUCGUCAGCUACGCCCUCAACCCAUCCUUCAACCUGCAAGGCCAAGAGAGCAUCACGCUCUCGAACGUCAUGCUGGCGCUUACGAUCGAAGGCUCCAAAGCGACAGGCUGCCAAUCGAAGCCGGUGGGCAGUUUCAUCCGCGACAAGAGUCUCAUCUACUGGCAGCUGGGCGACGUCACGUUGUCCCACGGAGCAGGCUCGGAGAAACUCCUCGCCCGCUUUGCUACGGAGGCCGAGGCGACGGGCGCGAGCGUCGAGGCUAGAUGGGAAGUCACUGGCUCCUCUGGCAGCUCGCUGGCGGCUUGGGGUAGCGCGUUGGGCGUUAGCAUGCUGAGUUCGUCUGCGGAUCCGUUUGCGGAUGCGGACGAACAUGCGCACGCGGGUGGGUGGAAGGGGGUGCAGGGGGUGCGGAAGCUGGUGAGCGGGAGCUACGUUGCGAAGUAAGUAGGAAGAGGGUAGACAGUUGGAGAAAAGUUUGGAUAGUGGUGCGUGCUGGGCUAGAUGGCCGUGAUGGGAGGUGAUUGCUGGAUACCCGAUCUACGUUUGCUGUAUAGCCUCUCACAUCUCGCAGUAAUUACAUUGUUUGUGGGUGUUUGUUGGAUUGAUUCACUCGUUUCAUCACAGCGGGCCUGUGACCUCCUUCUGACUCUGCUUGAUAUGCCAAACGCUAGAACUUUGUGAUAGUAUACAGUCUGUAUCGAUCAAUCGACCUUGAGCGAGCCAUAGAUGCGAUGCACAAACACCCACGACGCCACGAAUCCAAUCGUGCCU